AUGAAAUUACACACCCUGCUCAAGUUCAUCCUAGUGAUCUGUUCCCCUCUUUUGCCCCAGCACCGGUGCUACAGAAGUAACCAAACCUUCCAACUGGUAAGUAGCCUUAACACAUUUGUGGGGAAAAGAAAAUGGGUCUACAGGUCACACUUAUGUGCAAACCCACCAAGUGAACACCUACAAAAUUUAAAGUACAUCCGUGAAGUAACCAAUGCGAGCGUACAAACAUGUAACGAUGCACUGAAGGAAUGCAAAGGGGAUGUUGAGAAAGCAAUUGAGAUGGUCCGCAGGAGCGCGAAGAACUCUUCCUUUGUGUCUACCACUGUGAAGGUUAAAACGGAGGGGCUCGUUGGUGCCCAAAUGGGGGGAGGCGAGGACAAAGUCGCUAUGUUAGAAGUUUUAACGGACUCUGAUUUUGUGGCCCGGAAUGAAAAGUUCGUGCGCUUUGUGCGCACUCUUCUGUGUGCUGCUCUAGCAGUGGGCUCCCCGUCCGCAAUAGGCGCAACGCAUGCAGGAGAUGAUAACGAUAAGCAUAAUGCUAUGCCUACCUGCACGGGCGUUUCCUCACCAGGGGCGACACCGCUGCUGAGUCUUCCCUAUGACGAUCACAGCGGUGAUGCAGCCACCACGGUGGGAGAGCAGAUAAACUACUUAAGAAAUAUAUUUCGUGAAGACAUACGCAUUGGACGUUUCGCCAAAUAUGAACGCAAAAAUGAAAACCAGUUUUUACAUUAUUACAUUCAUAAUCAGGUGGAGGAAAACAUAGGGACCUCCGGCGUCCUGCUCGUUUUAACAGUUGAACAGCUGACAGAAAAAUUAAAAAGCAAAGGAGAAUGUAUUGCUGAAAUUGCAAAUGAUAUGGCUCUGCAUAUUUUGUCCGCUAAACCCGUGAGUGUGUCCAUCUCCGAUUUGCCUGAACAUGUUGUGCAGAGGGAGAUGGGGAUCAUUCGGGAGUCCCUGCAGGGGUUGAAAAAGCCUGAAAACAUACUCGACAAUAUGGUCAAUGGGAAGAUGCGCAAGUUCUACAACUCCGUGGUGUUGCUCGAACAGGAGUACAUGUUGGACGAUACGAAGAGGAAGGUCUCCCAAGUCAUUCGAGAUUUCUGCAAGAAGCAUGACAUGAACAUAAGCGUCAGCCACUUUGACAUUUUCAUCGUUGGGGAGAAAAACAUUUUGCGAGAGUGA